GCCUGUAAACCGGGAUUCUUGAGACGCUUCGUUCUUGUUAAAUCAACGGAAUUAACGGAUCUCGGCUCGGUCCGGCUCUGAUUGUGUUUGCACAUUAACGUUUUAUUCCAAGACCCUGAAAUCUUCCAGGAAUGAGUUUGUCUCUGAGGACGGAGCUGGCAGCCGACAAAGCCAAGCGCAGGAAGAAACGGGAACUCUCCGAGGACCAGAAACAUGAAAUCAAAGAAGCUUUUGAUUUGUUCGACACUGACAGAGAUCAGGAGAUCAACUACCACGAGCUGAAGGUGGCCAUGCGCGCGCUCGGGUUUGAAGUGAAGAAAGUGGACGUUCUAAAGAUCCUGAAGGAUUACGACCGGGAGGGAAGCGGCCGGAUCACGUUCGAAGACUUCAGAGAAGUAGUGACGGAUCGCAUCCUGGAGCGAGACCCGAAAGAAGAAAUCGUGAAGGCCUUCAAGCUGUUUGACGAUGACGAGUCGGGAAAAAUCAGCCUGAGGAACCUGAGACGGGUCGCUCGAGAGCUUGAGGAGAACAUCAGCGACGAGGAGCUGCGCAGCAUGAUCGACGAGUUCGACACCGAUGGAGAUGGAGAAACUGUGAUGAUGGAGCCCGAUUGA